AUGUCGCCCUGCGGUACCGUAGAGCUCCCCUGUCCGGGCCGCAUGAGGCCCACUCUUGACUGUCCCGGCCCAAUGGGCCACAGCAAGCACGCUGCAUCCAUCGAGGGAGGUCUAGAAGGGUGGUCUGGUGUGAACGAUAUAAGCGUUGUGGCGAGAGACGACGCGUUGCUGGCGUGGAAAGCCACAGGGAGGCUUGCUGAAUGGCUCAACGAGAGAGACAGCGGGUCGAAGCCCUACAGGGAGGAUGGUGGACGCAGAUCCCCGAUGCACAAACCCACGCGGUUCUCUGUUUCGUUCGCCACAAGGUGGGCUGCCUCUACUGACAAGGUGAAGGGGAAGGGAUGUGGAACCGAAGCGCGAGAGGCCUUGGGAACGGCAUCAAGCACACCCCUCCUCGAGAGAGCCAAUGAUUUGGGCAGCUGGAAGGUCUUGAUUGCCUUAUAUGGAAGUCAUAUCUGCAGCCACGGGACAAGAAAGGGGGUGAUUGGAUCAAAGGUGGCUGCUUUUGCACUCUCCCGCAUUUCUCUGUUUGAUGGCGAGAGAGGGAAACGCUUGCGUAGAUAUGCCGAGCAGUCAAAUUUGGAGGGCGGUGUGGCGAAGAACAUAUUGUCUAAGGGGGCCCACAACGAACAGCCCCCGAGUAGUAGGGCGAAGGGGAAUGGUCGCAUCAGCCACCCAGAUCGGCAGCCGGGGUUACCGGACUCGGGGACUGGGGGGUUACCGAUGUGGCUCAAUUUUUGUUACCUGGCUUUGAUUGGCUGCGUUGCUCCAACCAACACAGAAAAAGGUCCGACGGAUCCCGGACCGGCGAGAGAAAAGGGUUACACUUGGGCGCCGGGGCCUUUCUCCGGCCGGGGGGCCCGCGAAGGUGUCUAAGCGAUUCGUCGGGCCCGAAGGACG